AAAGCAAUUUUAAACCACUACUUAACAGUUGACAUUUUCAGGUAUAGAUACUUUUCAUGUUACCCUAUUUUAUUUGAUCAGUUAUCGUUUGCUCUUGUGAACAUGCGCACGCUGUGAUUACUAAUUCUUCAGACUCCUGACGUCAUGAAUCAUUUUACGAACGAAUCAGACCGGGCGCGUGACCGGUUCUCUCAUCUCGUUCUCUCGUUCUCUCGUUCUCUCCGCGUUUUCGUUCUUCCGAAUCUUUCAAGGUACGGGCUCUCAAAGAGCCGGUUCUUUACAUCGCGAACGAAUCGCAAGAUUUCAUUCUCUCAAAGAUUCGUUCUUUUUGAACGAAUCGUUAACGAACGACCCAUCACUAAUCGCAACCCAACGGAAAGACGUCACGUUUCCAUAGUAAGAGAUACACUGUCGAUUUGCAGAAGUGUAACAUUAUGUGAAAACAGCUGGCAAGCAGACGGUUAUGUAGUAUUCGCUGAUAAACAUGCUUUUUACCAAUGAUCUUGCGCAUUGCUGUUCAUUCACGGUGCGUAUUUUGAACUAGAAGCUAUUAGGUGAACAUGUACACAGUUUCAAAAGGACCGAGCAAAAUAGUUGCGAAAACACGGAGAGGUAUACCGCAUACUCAAAACAUAGAAAGGCUGGAAAUUCUGCGAGACCAGCUAACCAAAAAAUCCGCAGACACGGUAGAAGACGACAGCAGUAUAUUACUAAAUGGGCCGAAGCCAGUCUUUCACACUGUGAAUGGGAAGCGGUCAAGUUCUGUGCGGUCCCAGCAAGAGGCCAUCACGCCACAACAUGCUGCUUUGAUAAACUUUGUGUACGAAUCCUGGGAGCAGGUGUGUCGAGAGUAUGAGCAGGAGCCACUACAGCAGGGUGCCAGUCAAGCAGCUCGUCCAACGGUUGUUUAUUAUAAUGAUGGAGAAUGCAACAGCCUUCUGCAAGAUUUCAAGCCAUUUGACUUGGAGUCAUGGUGGGGUAAGAGAUUGUUUAACAACAUCACAAAGUCAAUAUAAAUUAUCUACGGAAUAGACUGUGAAAAUUCCUACAAUCCAGUGUCUACCUUAUCAUAUUUUGCCCAGUUGUCUUUGGACACGACAAUAAUACCACGCAAGCUGAUGUACAAGGUGCCAAUAUGUGAACAAGCUGCAUGUAAGCGUCAUCUGUAAGCAAGAUGGAUACGUAGCCCCAUAAAUAUUCAUGUCAUGUUUCUGAGUUGCCUUAUUGAUGUUUUCAUGUUAAAUGUGUGCAACCACACUUGGUCCAUUUUAGUCAUUGACAGCUUGAGCAUAUAGCAAUUGAUUGAAGUUUUUAUAUAUUUUAUUAUUCAUGGAGUAUUUCAUUAUAUGCAUUUGAUUUAAGAAUGCAGUGAAAUAGUAGUUAAUGUUGCAGGAUUGGUGAUGUCAAGUUCAUGUUCUCAGGACAUCAUUACGUGGGAAUACACUGCACUGAGUAUUCCUUUUUAAGCAUUCUAUAUUAGAAUACCACAAAUAGAAAUUGUUUGUAAUCUGUUCAGUGUGUAAAUAAUUGGUGAAAGGAAUCCAGCCUUGUCUCAUUGUAAGUUUUGGAUAUCUUCACACGACUGUUGUUAUUAAUGCCAAUUUUUCAGUAUGUUGUUAAUGUUAUGUUUAUAUUGUUAAGAUUAUAACAGAUUUUAGGACAUAUAGUAAUGUUUUUUCUUAAUGGAUUGUGAUGUAUGAUUGCAUAUCUAUAGAAUAAACAUUUUUGGACAUUAUUUUACUUACAUGUGUAGUGGACAUGACACAGGCCUAUUGAAAAAGAUGUUUGGAAAUAAAUUGACUUAUUUCUGUACAGUGUUGAACAGUUGCUGUGUAUUCCAGUUUGAUAUUGCAAAGAUAAUUCUUUCGCGAGUUUUGGACGGUGAAAAUUGUAACAGUUAUUUUUCUCGCACAGAAAAUUAAAAUAAAAUAAAAACACACAAAAAAAGCAAAAAGCAAGAAUUAUGACAUAUUUUGUAAACGGAUGCAAAUUUUGUUUUAAAUAUGAAUAAACCUUUCGUAUGAUAUUAAUAUUUACCACUGGUAGUUCUAUUGGCAGCUGCAAGGCUGUUGUUAGCAUCUGCGCAUGCUGUCACUCUCUUCAAGGAUGACAUCUCAUUUUUAAACUGUAUUAUCUUCGUUAACAAAAACUAAAAUCAUGGAAGUAGAUACAUACAAUUCAAGCAAACUGGCUGGACGUGCUUACAGAUGUCCUAAAACUAAGGUAAGAUUUUGCUGCAUAAAAAUAUUACUAAACAAAAAGUCUAAAUAAACGUACAUAUUUUUCUUAAAAAAAAAAAGCAUUAAUGAAUUUUUUUCUUUACAGACGCUGUUUUGCAUUUCAACUGUAUAAAUUAGAACAUUUUAAUAUUUUAAUAAACUAAAAAUAUAUAUAUAUUAUUUUUUUGCAUAGUUGGUUUAUAGUAAUUUUCGUACAUUUUGAAUGCAAAACAAAUUGUGAUAUAUUUAUAAUCUAAAAUAUGUUACCUUCUAUUUCUUUAUGUCAAGUGUAUUUUAAACACAGCUGUGAUAAUUUCUCUAAAUACGAAUAGAUUUUCCUUGUUUGUAGCCUCUUAGUUAUUGGAUAAUUGCUUGAAGCGCCUCGUUCUCGAGGGUUAAUGUAACCUUGCGUCACUGUCUGCCCGCCCUCUGUCAAGGCGUCCCUCAACUAUUUCCUCCGGGCAGUUCUACAAGCCUCUGAUAGGUUUAUGUGACCAUUUUGGUUGUCUAUGCUUUUUGCUAACUGCCAUGAAAUAAUGUUUUUAAUAUUUUCCAUUAAAGUUGUGAAAAAAUAUUUAUUGAAUAAAUUUUAAAUGCAUAGCCAUAAUUUUAUAUGCUCUUAGAAUUUCUUGCCUAAAAUAUUGUGUAAGUUUUGAAUAUCUCAAUUCUGUAAAUUUAAAACAUUUUUCAUUACAAUUUGAUAGCAAUCUGGUGUUUUUUAUUUAUUCAAAUAUGUCCUAGUUUUCUUGGUUAAGUAUUUUAGUUUCUUGGUAUUGCAUGACUAUGCCAGUUAUCACAUUUUGUUCCAUUAUACUGGGUGAUCUGUAAGCAGCUGGGGUAAUCUUAAUUCCAUAUAUUUUUAUUUAGUGGUGUUUUUAUUAUUAGGAAUAGUGCCUCUGAUGAAAAUUUCUUUGAAAGCUUGAUGCAACAAUUUAUUAAUUUUCUAUAGCAAUUAAUUUUCAUACCAUGGUUCUAGAUGAUUUUAAGUGAUGUUUAUGGACUGAUAAUGUAUGUUAUUAUACAAUUUCUUUUUGUGGGUGGUUGUGUGUUCUUUUUCCUGUUUCUGUAUGAUAUUUUGUACUUUACAUUUCGUGUUUGAGUUUUGAUUGAUAUACUUUUCAAAGUAUAGUAAAUGUCACUGCUAAAGAUUUGUUUAAGUAAACCAAUCUGUAUUUCAUUUUAUACAAAGUAUGUAAUAACAAAUGUUGGUUUUUCUGUGGCAGUGCGCUUUUUAAUAAUGCAGUGUUUGGUUUAAAAAUGUAUUGCUACUAUUUUUAAGAAAAGGUAUACUACUGUGCAAUAUUUGAUAGCCUAUUUAAUAUCAUACUACAAAUUGGAGCUAUGUACUAACAGAUAUUUUAACAACAAUAUGUUGUCCAUCAAUUUUAAUUGUGAUACUUGCAGAAGAAAAGCAAAAUUGUGCCGUGUGGAUAAAAAUUCUUAAGUGAUAUGUGAACGUGAUAGAUUUAAAGUUGAUCAAAAAAAUCUACAUAUUUUUGUAUAACACUGUGUGUUGCACUUUAUGAUGUGUUUCUGAUGGCUCUUGCGCUAUGUGCAUGGCCAAUGGAGACUGCUGGUGCAUGGGUAGUCGACUGUAGUGGAACAGUCCGGUCUCUGCUGUAGAGAAGAGGGACAGCAUGUACGGUGUGUGACACGUCUCUUUGCAGUGCCGAGAUCACUUCACCACAGCAGUUAAAGCGCUGUGUGUGAUGAGUUAAUAGUCAUUUUGUAGUGGACCUGAAUUAGCCAAGUUUCAUGUAAAUACAAACAAGACAGCUAUUUUUAUGUUUUUGAAAUAAAAUUUGGCAGCUGGGA